AAAGUAGCAGCACCGAAGGAUCUUUGCACUGGACUUACUUUAACGCCGAUGACUUUAAUGGUCGCUAAAAUACGAAGCUGCAUAUGGACAUUUGAUCCCGAAGGACCUGUGAUUGUUUCUGGAUAAUCAAAAAAAAAACCUUGAAGGGCAUUUUAAUGAAGGCAAUUAGCGUCAAGUAACGCGGCGGCGCUGGCAAAUUGAGCUCGUUUUUCCUGUUUGGAUAGAGUCGCUGGUAUGCGGCGCUGCGCAACUCUUGUUUGUGUAGCAGCUGACCUGUCAGAAAGUUUUACUGCCGCCGUGCCUGUCUAAAAAGGACGGCACAACAGGCAGGGAAGCACUUGGCAAAAUAUUAACCAAGCCCUGAAACCCUUCAACAGAAGUGGAUGGAGGACAGAAAAUUGUUAAAUUACCAAACCCCUGUGUAAACGGGGAGAUGUUUUCAGGAAGCUGGCACUGCCUGAAAUAAACCCUGAAAUAAAAGUUCACAAUGAGUUCCAGCAGGAGGUGGCUGGGUUCACGGCGCACUAAAAUUUACAACGUGGAAGGGGAGUCCCAGUGUCCGGACACGGCGCCGCACAAAGACAGCUCCUUCAGCCAGUCGCCUUAUCUUCACGGCUCAGAGCGCUACAGUGACGGCGCCAGCAGCGCUGCUGUCCCCGCCGCGUCCAGGGGCCCCGCCAGCGUGGUGACCUCCAGCUCGGCCAGCUUGGCCUGGGCGCUGCGCACCCGCCACCAGCCGGCGAGCCUGGCCCUGCGCAAGCAGGAGGAGGAGGAAAACAAGAGAUGCAAGGCCCUCUCUGACAGCUAUGAGCUCUCGACGGAUUUGCAGGAUAAGAAGGUAGCGAUACUCGAGAGAAAGUAUGGAGGCUCCUUUGUAAGUCGCAGAGCGGCCAAA